AUGAAAAUGAAGAAACAUCCUCCAAAAUUUAUCGUAAAACCGGAUUCAUCAACAGUUAUUGAGAACACAAAGAUAAGUUUUUUUUGUCGAGCUGAUGGUAAUCCACUACCAAGUAUUAUCUGGAGAUUGAAUGGUGAAAGUAUAAAUAAUCCCAGAAUUACUGUUAAAACAUUACAAAAUGGUUUUUCAACAUUACGUAUUGAUCCAGUGCUACUAAGUGAUAAAAAUACAUCAAUAUCUUGUAUAGCUGAUAACGGGGUCCGCCAACCUAUCAAAACUACUGCCUUAUUAACUGUUUUGCCUAAUAAUGUUGUUCCUAAUGGUUUUCCAAAAGUUGAAUCACAUCCAAUUCUUAAAUCUGUUGAACAAGGAAAAACAGCUCAUGUUAGUUGUCGUGUUACAGGUGAACCAAGACCAAAAAUUUUAUGGCUUCGUGAUAUGAUGCCAAUUGAUAUCAAAACAAAUAAUAGAUAUUCAGUAUCAACACUUGGAAAUCCUGGUGCAUUAAUGAUACAACAAGCUAGAGAAGAAGAUCAGGGUAAAUAUGAAUGUGUUGCUAGGAAUGGUCAUGGUGUUGUACAGUCUAAAAGUGCCCAAUUAUAUGUUAAAGGUUAG